AUGUCGCUUGUCCCUGGAAGACCUCUUAUCUUGUAUUUAAAGGUGCACGAAAAAUCAAUAGGAUGUGUUUUAGGCUUGGACAACUCAUCGGCUCAGACAAUACAUGUUGUAUCAUACUACUUGGCUCAUUGUGAAAUUAGACCCAAUCAAGCAAUCAAAGGAAGUGCUAUUACUGAACUUCUUGUAGAAUGCACUCAUGAAGAUUAUGUGCCUGUGACAUUUGAUUUUCCAAAUGAAGACUUAAUGCCUGUACUGCACAUAGAUAAAGAAGAGCAUAAUGAAGAUAUAUGGAAGAUGUAUUUUGAUGGUGCAUCAAAUGCUUUGAGGCAUGCUGCUCUUGAAAGAAAAAACCAUGCUUUAAAAGUUUAUGGAGACUCUGUCUUAGUCAUAUACCAAUUUCGAGGAGAAUGGGAAACCAAAGACUCAAAAUCAAUUUUAUACCAAAACUUACGAGAGAAACCAGUUCACUGUUCAAAUGAUGAGGAAGGAGUUGAUGGAAAACCAUGGCAUUUGGACAUAUUACAAUAUGUUAAAUAUCAACAGUACCCAGAGCACAUAUCAGAGAAUGAUAAGAAAACAUUGAGAAGGCUAGCAAUGAGUUUCUUUUUAGAUGGAGAAAUUUUAUAUAAAAGAAGUCGAGACCAAACACUAUUGAGAUGUAUGAAUGCUACUAAAGCCAAAAAGUUACUAGAAAAAAUUCAUGGAGGUGUUUGUGGAACUCAUCCUUUCUCUAUAUGGGGAAAGGAUGUGAUAGGGCCUAUCACACCAAAAGCCUCAAAUGGACAUCGAUUCAUUUUAGUGGUAAUUGAUUACGUCACAAAGUGGGUAGAGGCGGCUUCAUAUGUCAAUAUGACAAGAAUGGUGGUUUGUAAGUUCAUCAAGAAACAGAUCAUAUGUCGAUAUGGCCUUUCAGAAAUGAUCAUUUUGGAUAAUGCUCUUAAUUUGAAUAAUAAAAUGAUGAUUGAGCUACCAUUUGCAUUACAUGCUUAUCGAACUUUGAUACACACAUCUAUGGGAGCUACACCAUUUUCAUUGGUACAUGGGAUGGAGGUAGUGUUACCCACCGAAGUUAAAAUUCCUUCAUUGUGCAUUCUCAUAGAGGUUGAGUUAGAAGAAUCUGAGUGGGUUCACACUCGAUAUGAACAAUUGAAUCUCAUUGAAGAAAAGAGAUUAGUUACACUUUGCCAUGGCCAACUGUAUCAAAGAAGAAUGAUGCGAAAAGUUCAACCACGACAAUUUUGA